CCCAGCUGAUCCUUUCAUCGCCCACUCAUCUCUUCGAUCUGCGGCGCGGCUCCACGACACAAAGACGCGGCGGCGAGACAUGAGCUGGAGGCGGACGGAGCAUGCGAGCAACGGCGGCGGCGGCAGCGGACCCACACGACGAGCCUUCACCACGGACUAGCGUCUGGCGCGCGCAGGGAUACCGCGGAGCUCCGCCGAUGUGCGCAACAGCGGAUUUAAGGCAUCAAAGAGCGCGGAGAGCCGAAAGAAAGCCGCAUCACCGCACAAGACCGUGGUGGACAACAUGGCUAAAACUCUGCACCUCCUGCAGAAAUCGUCAGACGGCGUGCCGACCGGUCUCUCCUUGGACGUGAGCCUGGACGUGGACGCGGGGGACGGCUUCCCGGAGCGCUCGCUGGUCGGACUGUCGGACAAAAUCCCUCUGGUGAAGCCUCACUUCAAGAAGAAGCAGAGGAAAUUAGACGCCGCAUGCCUUCACCGCGCCUUGGAGGAGCCCAUGCUGAGCUCCCUGCUGGGCGGCGACAUGGCGGGGGACGGCGUCUUUGUGCCCCGGAGCCAGGCCGGACGCACCCCGGGGAACUUGUGCGCGGCGGCCGCGGCCAAACAGAACCGUUUAAGCUUGAAAGACUCGGCGGCUGAGGCGGCCGCGCCGGUGACCGCGGUCUUGCUGGCCGGCGGCGGCGACGUGGAGAUGGCGGAUGCUACUGCCGAGCUGGAGGAGGCGGAGCGGCGCGGCGAGCGACCCAAGGCGGGCCUCGUGGCUUCAGGGAGCCCGGCGGCGAUAACCGCCAGCAGGGACGUCCCUGCUCCGGCUGCACCGCAGGGUUCUCACCAGGACGGAGCCAUCAAAGGCGGCGAGCCCAAGCCCCCUCCUCUAAAAGACUGCUCCGGCCUCCAGGACCCCCACCCCCUACUCCUGCAAGCCCCCCUGCCCGACAAAGGAGAGCUUUUCCAGGAUAAAAGCGAAGAAGCGUCCCUGGACCUGGUCUUCGAGCUGCUCACCCAGCUGCAGUACCACACCCACCAGGCCGACUCGGUGGACAUUUGCGUGAACUUCCUCCAAGGACAAUGUGUGUACGGCAGCGACUGCGCUUACCACCACACCGUCCUGCCCUACCACUGGCAGAUCCACAGGAGCGACGCUCAGGCGUGGCAAAGUGUGGCCGACGAGUCCCAGGAGCAGCUGGAGAGGUUGUACUGCAACCCGGACAACGACAAAGUCAGGCUGAAGUAUCAGGGCUCGGUGUUCUCCCUGGACUUUGGCGCCAUGCGGGUGGGUGACCUGAAGUUUGACCGCGUCCGGCGACUGACCACUCCCCCCAGCCCCUUCCCCGUGCCGGGGACAACCUCAGGCCCCGCCCCCAGCUGUCACACCGUGUGGAAGUACUACUGCAGAGACAACUUUGGAUGGAGGGAAUACUCUGAGCCGGUGGUGAAGCUCAUCGAAAAGGCGACGGUGAGAGGUCUGAAGGAGGUGCGCUUCAUCACGCUGCAGAACCAGUACAUCCUGAACAUCAGGGAGGGCUUCCAGCAGAACGCCAUGUUUGGCUUCAGGCGCCAGAUCAAAAGGCGACCAAUGUUCAUGUCCUCCGUCAUGCUGGCUCCCCUCUUAGAAACCUUGGGCGGUCUGGCUUCGUCGCCGGCGUCCUGUUCUUCUUCUUCUUCCUCCUCGUCCACGUCCGCCGUCUCCCUGAUGGACGCGUCGGCGCCACACCCUCUCUCCCCGACCACGCCCGCGCUCUUUCCAGAGACCUGGUUGCCCAUGGCGAUGAGCCAGGACUUCCUGCAGGUGCCCAUGUCCCGGGACGACCGCAGCUACAGGACCGUGUACAGCCUGUUCCACAAGACCGUGUCCGAGACCAAGUUCAGGAUCAUCAAGAUCCUGCGGGUGCAGAACCCUUUCCUCUGGGAGAAGUACAAGAGGAAGAAGGAGUACAUGUCGCGGCGCAUGUCUGAGAUGGAGCGGCUGCUGAGCGAGCGCCACCUCUUCCACGGCACCUCGGCAGACGUGGUGGAAGGCAUCUGCAAACACAACUUUGACCCGCGUGUGUGUGGCAAGCACGCCACCAUGUUCGGUCAGGGCUCUUACUUCGCACGCAAGGCCGUCUACUCGCACAACUUCUCCAAGCGCUCGCCCAAAGGAGUCCACUGCAUGUUCUUGGCCAAAGUCCUCACUGGCAGGUUCACGGUGGGGAACCCCUCCAUGCGGCGCCCGCCCCCCGUCAGUCCCCGAGACGCCUCCAGUGACCUUUAUGACUCGUGUGUGGACAACUGGGUGGAGCCUCAGAUCUACGUCAUCUUCAACGAUGACCAGAGCUACCCUUACUUUGUCAUCCACUAUGAGGAGGUGCCCAGCACCGUCGCCCUCUGACUCCCACCCCGCCCCGCAUCAACAACACCCGGACUCCCAGGGACUCUUUGCAGACCUCGGACGCCACUCAACUGGAAGCGACUGGAGCGUCACUCAGUACUCAGCAGGUGUACUACAGUACUACAGAACACCUACCUUAGUACUAUAGUACUUCAGUACGUGUACAUCAGGGGUGUCCAACUUGCAACACCACCACUACUCCAACUACCAUUGCUGACAUCCGCUAGCCCGACGUAAAUGCUAACGUUAGCGUGCUAACAGUCAGAAUACGCAAUGUACCGAGUCAUAUGAUCAUGAAGCCUACGCAUGUUAGCUUUAAAUACAAAUUUAAAAAAAGUUAGCAUGCUAACGUUAGCAUGCUGACAGUUAGCAUGUAUUAACACCAAGCUAAAGGUGUUUGGCAUGUAAAAUUGGCUGAAAAGGUUAUCAUGCUAAUGUUGGCAUGAUGGCAGUUAGCACAUGUCAAGUAGCAAGGUCUAUGAUGUUUUUCGGCUGCAACAUAGCCACAAAAUGGUUAGCAUGCUAACAUAAACAUUAUAGCAUGCUAUUUUUGGGGGGAAAUGUAGAAAGUACCAAGUCGUUUGACCGUGAAGCGUAUGGAUGUAAAGUUAGCUAAAAAAAAACAAAAAAAAAAGUUAGCAUGCUAACCAUAGCGUCUGCUAAGUACCAAAUUAUGACGUUUUCAGCUGCAAAAUUGGCAAAUAAAUUAAAUGCUUAUGAUAGCAUGUUAAACAAUUGAAAUACGUCAAGUACCAAGUCUUAUGACCACGAAGCGUACACAUGUCAAUUUAGCUAAAAAAAAAAGGCAUGUUAGCGUUAGCAUGCCAACAGUUGGUAUGUAUUAAGUACCAAGUUAUAUGACUCGAGAUGUCUGGCUGAAAAAAUGAUCAUGCUAAUGUUAGCACGUGUCAAUUAAGUCAUAUGACCAUGAAGCGUACAUAUGUAAAAUUAGCUUAAAAAGUUGUCAUGCUAACAAUUAGCAUGUGGUGAGUACCAAAUUAUAUGACUCGAGGUGUUUUUCUGUAAAAUUGGCUGAAAAAGUUAUCAUGCUAAUGUUAGCACGUGGCAAGUACCAAGUCGUACGACCAUGAAGCGUGCAUAUGUCAAAUUAGCUUAAAAAAAGUUGGCAUGCUAACAAUUAGUUGUGUUAAGUACCAAAUUAUAAGAGAUGUUUUGCUGUAAAAUUGGCUGAAAAAGUUAUCAUGCUAAUGUUAGCACGUGUCAAUUAAAUCCUAUGACCAUGAAGCGUACAUAUGUCAAAUUAGCUGAAAAAAGUUGGCAUGCUAACAAUUAGCAUGUAGUUAGUACCAAGUUAUAUGAUUGAAGAGAUAUUUGACUGUAAAAUUGGCUGAAAAAGUUAUCAUGCUAAUGUUAGCAUGUGUCAAGUACCAAAUCAUACGACCAUGAAGCGUGCAUAUGUCAAAUUAGCAAAAAAAAAAGUUGUCAUGCUAACAAUUAGCAUGUGUUAAGUACCAAAUUAUAAGAGAUGUUUGGCUGUAAAAUUGGCUAAAAAAGUUAUUUUAAUGUUAGCACGUGGCAAGUACAAAGUCAUAUGAUCCUGAAGCGUACAUAUGUCAAAUUAGCUAAAAAAGUUGGCAUGCUAACAAUUAGCAUGUAGUUAGUACCAAGUUAUAUGAUUGAAGAGAUAUUUGACUGUAAAAUUGGCUGAAAAAGUUAUGCUAAUGUUAGCAUGUGUCAAGUACCAAGUCAUACGACCAUGAAGCGUGCAUAUGUCAAAUUAGCAACAAAAAAAGUUGUCAUGCUAACAAUUAGCAUGUGUUAAGUACCAAAUUAUAAGAGAUGUUUUGCUGUAAAAUUGGCUGAAAAAGUUAUCAUGCUAAUGUUAGCACGUGUCAAUUAAAUCAUAUGACCAUGAAGCGUACAUCUGUAAAAUUAGCUUAAAAAGUUGGCAUGCUAACAAUUAGCAUGUAGUUAGUACCAAGUUAUAUGAUUGAAGAGAUAUUUGACUGUAAAAUUGGCUGAAAAAGUUAUCAUGCUAAUGUUAGCAUGUGUCAAGUACCAAAUCAUACGACCAUGAAGCGUGCAUAUGUCAAAUUAGCAAAAAAAAAGUUGUCAUGCUAACAAUUAGCAUGUGUUAAGUACCAAAUUAUAAGAGAUGUUUGGCUGUAAAAUUGGCUAAAAAAGUUAUUUUAAUGUUAGCACGUGUCAAGUACAAAGUCAUAUGAUCCUGAAGCGUACAUAUGCCAAAUUAGCGAAAAAAGUUGGCAUGCUAACAAUUAGCAUGUAGUUAGUACCAAGUUAUAUGAUUGAAGAGAUAUUUGACUGUAAAAUUGGCUGAAAAAGUUAUCAUGCUAAUGUUAGCAUGUGUCAAGUACCAAAUCAUACGACCAUGAAGCGUACAUAUGUCAAAUUAGCAAAAAAAAGUUGUCAUGCUAACAAUUAGCAUGUGUUAUGCACCAAAUUAUGAGAUGUUUGGCUGUAAAAUUAGCUAAAAAAGUUGGCAUGCUAACAGUUAGCAUGUAGUUAGUACCAAGUUAUAUGAUUGAAGAGAUAUUUGACUGUAAAAUUGGCUGAAAAAGUUAUCAUGCUAAUGUUAGCAUGUGUAAAGUACCAAAUCAUACGACCAUGAAGCGUACAUAUGUCAAAUUAGCAACAAAAAAAAGUUGUCAUGCUAACAAUUAGCAUGUGUUAAGUACCAAAUUAUAAGAGAUGUUUGGCUGAAAAAGUUAUCACGCUAAUGCAUGCAUGCUAACAGUUAGCACGUGUCAAGUUCUACGAGUUUGACAAAAUUGGCUAAAAACGUUAGCAUGCUACCGUUAGCAUUGCUGCUGGAGGCUGAGCCAAUCAGAGGCCCCGAUGCUGAGCAGUGACAGUUUUGGUCUGUUCCAAUGUCAAAUACGUGUCUAUUGUUGACAUUUUCACUUCAUUUGCACAUUUAAAAAUGCAUCAUCAGGGCAACAUUUGCGAUGUUGUUUUUUUUUUACUGUUAGCACAAAGCUAAGAAGUUGUGUUUAGCAUUCAUGGAUUGAACUCUCUUGUCUGGCUUUUGACAUCUUUCUUGUGCAAAAUGUAUCAAAGUUUGGACACCCCUGGUUUUUAUGCGCGGGAAAUUGUAACCAAAGUGAUGAAAUUUGACUAAAAAAAGAUUUCUUUGGAUGAAUCUUCUGGAAUGUCUGCUUACUAUUUCUGUUUUUUUAUUUCAGGAAAACCAUUUUCACACUGAAUUUAAUUAGCUGCAUGUUUUGCACUAAACAUGGCGGGGAAAAAGGAGUCACUAAUUGAUGUUUUAGCGUGAAAGAAGAAAUGAGCAUCAAGAAAACAAAGAGUGGGAUAAAAGAAGGCUCGGUGAGCGUGUGGCCCACUCACUGACUGUACUGACACUGCACUGAUACCCUGUGUCCUUACAGUUGUUACAAAUAUAUCCUGUUUCAGUACAAAACAUGCAUUUAAUUCAACUUUUAUUAAAACCAUCUAAAAACUAAAAAAAUGUUUACAUAAAGUGUGAAAAAAUAAAAAUAAAAUUCUGCUUGUGGCCCCUCCGUA